AUGGAAACAGAUGAUGGUGGUUGGACAGUAAUCCAAAGGAGAUUAGACGGCAGUACAGACUUUUACAGAGGAUGGACAGCUUAUCAGGACGGUUUUGGGAAUCUUACACAUGAGUUUUGGCUAGGAAAUGCAAAAAUUCACAAAAUUGUCUCAACUGGUGAUUAUCAACUACGGGUAGAUUUGGAGGAUUUUGAAGGAAAUUCUGCAUGGGCUAAAUAUACUAGAUUCUUUAUCGGAGAUGUAACAACAAACUAUGAAUUGGAAAUAAGCGGUUACGUAGCGAGCAGUACUGCUGGAGACAGUCUUACAUACCAUAACGGAAAUAUGUUUUCUACGCAUGACAGAGAUAAUGACAAAUAUACUGGUGAUAAUUGUGCAGUCAUUUAUAAAGGAGCAUGGUGGCACCAGAUAUGUCACUAUUCAAAUCUAAACGGGCCGUACUUACCAGGGGAAAUGAGCUCUUAUGCUGAUGGAAUCAUUUGGACAACGUGGAAAGGAUAUCACUAUUCUCUUAAAUCAACAAAACUAAUGAUAAAGAAAUUGUGA